AUGUUAUAUAAAUCUUUAAUUUCAUCAGCUUUAUUAGCUCAAGCUUUAGCUAUUCCAGCUAUUCAUCAACAUCAUCAACAUAAAAAUGAAAAAAGAGCAGUUCAUGUUGUAACUAAAACUAAUGUUGUUGUUGUAACUUUAGGUGCUGGUGAUGCUACUACUACUUUAUCUCCAGUUACUAUUUCAUCAGCUACUGAAGUUGGUGAUGUUAGUGCUGUUACUGAUGCUCCUCAAAAUGCUCCUUCAACUACUGUUGAAGCUCCAACUGAAGUUGCUUCAACUUCUUCUGCUUCAACUGAAUCUCCUCAACAAACUGGUGGUUCAAAUGUUGGUUCAGGUGGUGCAAAAGGUGUAACUUAUACUCCAUAUUCAGAUCAAGGUGGUUGUAAAUCUUCUGGUCAAAUUGCUUCAGAAAUUGCUGAAUUAUCAGGAUUUGAUAUUAUUAGAAUUUAUGGAGUUGAUUGUGAUCAAGUUGCUCAAGUUUUAAAAUCAAAAGCUUCAAAUCAAAAAUUAUUUGCUGGUAUAUUUGAUGUUUCACAAAUUUCUCAAGGUAUUUCUACUAUUGCAGAUGCUGUUAAACAAUAUGGUUCAUGGGAUGAUAUUCAUACUGUUUCAAUAGGUAAUGAAUUAGUUAAUUCUGGUCAAUGUUCACCAUCACAAAUUCAAUCAUAUGUUCAAGAAGGUAAAUCAGCUUUAAAAUCUGCAGGAUAUAAUGGACCAGUUGUUUCAGUUGAUACUUUUAUUGCAGUUAUAAAUAAUCCAUCAUUAUGUUCAUAUUCAGAUUAUGUUGCAGUAAAUGCUCAUGCUUUCUUUGAUGGUCAUAUUGAAGCAAAUCAAGCUGGUGAUUGGGUAUUACAACAAAUUCAAAGAGUUUGGACUGCUUGUGGUGGUAAAAAAAAUGUUUUAAUUACUGAAACUGGUUGGCCAUCAAGAGGUGAUUCAAAUGGUGUUGCUAUACCAUCAAAACAAAAUCAAAAUAAUGCUAUAAGUUCUAUUAAAUCAACUUGUGGAUCAAGUGCUAUUUUAUUUACUGCUUUUAAUGAUUUAUGGAAAGCUGAUGGUCCUUAUAAUGCAGAAAAAUAUUGGGGAUUCUUAUCAAAUUAA